AUGAGGGUCUCGCUCAAGAAACGCAACGGCAAGUUCAUCGACGCUUUCGAGCUGAACGAUGACUGCACGGUCGGUGAAUUCAAGCAGCUCUUCUACCAAAAGUUCCAUUACUACCCAGAGAGGCAAUGGUGGACGGUCGGAAAGGCGAAGGGAGCGCCGAUCAAGGGUGACGGUCCUCUCGCCGCGUAUGGCGUGACCGACGGCUCGACUCUCAUCUUCAAAGACCUCGGCGUGCAGAUUUCGUGGCGGCUGGUGUUCGUUCUCGAGUACUUGGGGCCUCUCUUGAUCUUCCUUUUCUUCUACUGCUGCCCAACUCUAAUUUACGGCGUACACGCGCCCCCGGAGAAGUGUUUGGUUCAGAAGGUGGCCUUCUGGCUGACGAUGUUUCACUACAUGAAGCGCGAGCUGGAGACGCUCUUCGUGCAUCGAUUCAGCAGCAGCACCAUGCCGAUCGUCAACGUCCCGAUCAACUGCGGACACUACUGGGGCCUCUUCGGUGCCCUCGUUGGCUACUUCCUCUUCCACCCGAAAUACCAACCGAUGUGGCGUGACGAUCAGCCCCUCGUCAUCUACGGGCUUGCCGCGAUCAUGGUGGGCUUCGAGCUGCUGAACUUCAAGACGCAUCUGAUUCUUCGCGGCUUGCGUGCGCGCGGCACCCGCCAGCGAGGCAUCCCCUGUGGCUGGGGAUUCGAUCUCGUCAGCUGCGCAAACUACUUCUGGGAAACCCUUUGCUGGAUCACCUUCUCUAUCCUCGUCUCGUGCCUGACAUCCUGGAUCUUCACGUUGGUCGGUUUCAUGAAAAUGACUGAGUGGGCAAUGAAGAAGCAGCGAAACUACCGCAACGAGUUUAAGGACUACCCUAAGAACCGCCGGGCGAUUAUUCCUUUUAUCUUGUAA